UGGAUACUGGCGGGGGGAGGGGAGGGGUUUAGAGGAAGCGGAAGUGUUAGAGCAGGCGGAAGUGGUACUGCCCUGAAUACCCUGAGCAGCGAGCAGAGGACGGCUUGAUAAACUCCCAUCGUUCAGAGAAUAAAUCGGGAUUCUUUGUACGCCCCAAAUCCUAAAAGAUGGAUAAGAACGAUCUGGUGCAGAAAGCCAAGCUGGCAGAGCAGGCCGAGCGCUACGACGACAUGGCAUCUGCCAUGAAGGCUGUGACGGAGCAGGGCCUGGAGCUCAGCAACGAGGAGCGCAACCUGCUCUCUGUCGCCUACAAGAACGUGGUGGGAGCUCGUCGUUCAUCUUGGCGCGUCACCUCCAGCAUCGAGCAGAAGACGGAGGGGAAUGAGAAGAAACAGCAGAUGGCCCGUGAUUACCGUAUGAAGAUCGAGUCUGAACUCCAAGAAAUCUGCCAUGACGUGCUGAACCUGCUCGACAAAUUUCUCAUUGUCAAUGCUUCUCAGGCCGAGAGCAAGGUAUUCUACCUCAAAAUGAAAGGGGACUACUUCAGAUACCUGUCGGAGGUGGCCUCUGGGGAUACAAAGAAGGACACUGUGGAGAACUCUCAGAAGGCCUACCAGGACGCUUUUGACAUCAGCAAGAAGGACAUGCAGCCAACACACCCCAUCCGACUGGGCCUGGCCCUCAACUUCUCCGUCUUCUACUAUGAAAUCCUCAACUCGCCCGAGCAGGCCUGCACUCUGGCCAAGCAGGCCUUCGAUGAGGCGAUCGCCGAGCUCGACACCUUGAACGAGGACUCGUACAAAGACAGCACGCUGAUCAUGCAGCUACUAAGGGACAACCUCACUCUGUGGACGUCGGAAACCAGCCAGCAUGAAGACCCCGAAGUCAACGAAGGAGGAGAAAACUAGAGCACACGUCACUGUUGACCCACCCCUACUCUGUCCCUCCUCCUUUUCUCUCCUCCUCUUUCUUCUCUUCCUCCUCCCUUCGUACACGUAAACAGCCUGUUCAUUCCCUCGUCCCACUUUCUCAAACCCAGCCUCCCGAUUUCCCUUCUGUAUAACCAACAGCAUGAAUAGUACCUGACCUUCACAAAUUAAGUUCUAAUAAAGGAGGGGGGAGAAAAGAUGCUACUCCAUCUCCCCCGCCAUGCUUCUGUCCUCCCACCCUCCCCUGAUCAUGGCACUCCAAGGCAGGCCAGCCAGAAAAACGACUGGCGGCUCUAGUUUUCUAGCAUGAAGGGAGGGUUUUUACCCCAAACCACACAAUAAAUUAAUGUUUUAGAGGCCACAUUCACCUGUUUUUACUCCUCGCUUAAUGUUCGCCUCCUUCCCUUCUAUACUCCCCCUCCCCCCUCCCUAACAUCAGUGCGUUCUCUCCCCCUCUUCUCUCUAGCGAGUUAAUGCAUUUAUAUAGUUGUCCAUCCCUUCUCUUUUGGCUUUCUUAGUGUACUGGCAAAUGGCUGGUUUUAUUCCACUUUAAACAAAACAAGGUUAUUAAACUGGCGGUUUAUUUUCAACAAACACUGUGAUGCUUAGUUAUUCCUCCACUUUGCCACCAGAUCCUGGUGUGAUGGCACGGUAUUGGGCUGAGGGUGUGUCCAGACAGCAGUGCCAUUCUGCUGCGGUUUAUACAGAAGGGUCCUCCUACAAGGCUGUAUUGUGACACUGACAAAUCUAAAACCAGGUGUUUUACAUGCUGCGCAAUUUCACUCAUUUUCCUUUCUAACUGGGACCCAGGGUUUUAUUUAACACCAUUCUGCAGAUUUCCAGUUCUGAGCUAAAUAAAAAAAUUGGAAAACUUUAAUCGAAGAAAACUAGCUUACAUUCCAUUUAAAAUCAAAGGCGACUCAGCAUCUGCUAACUCCCUCACAUCCAUUUCCCGUUGGGUUCUCCUCCGUGUGUAUAACAAAUCAAACUCUUUAAUGUCUUUUUGAGAACUGUAAAAUUGUAAAACAUUUUUAGAGCUUAACUGUAAAUCUGUCUUUUGGAAACAAAACGGUUUGUCGAUGUUUGUCCACACCUGCUUGCAGAGAGGCCGUUGCCGUCAGCUGUAGUUGGAUUUGUUUUGGGAGCGUCGCUCCUUCCUCUUCCCCUCCUGUCGUCCUUACGCAUUCUUCACUGCUUGUACUGACAAGUCAGGCACAGUCCCAGGUUUCCACUUGAGAUUUGCCAACUAGAAUGCUUGUUUUCUAGUAUCGCCACCUAAAGGGAGGAUCCCGUAGAUUGACAACUGAACCUGCUGCUACCCUUGUUCCCUAAUUUGAAAUGAAGUAAUUGCAUUUUUUCCUGUUAAGAUGUCGGCACCUGAGAGGGAAAUCUGCGGAGUUCAGGAACUGACUAAAAUGUAGGAGUUAACUCUCCAGACAACCAUCUAUUCAUUUGUGGAAGUGAGAAGCUAGUUUGGAUAAUGGGGAGGCUUCAACAAGAUGUACAUUUGAAUUGGUAAAUCAGGUUUUCAUUUAAAUGAAUUUGCCCCAUCAAUAGCAAGAUGAUGCUAAGAAAACAGACCACUGUCUUCUUCCAGACUUGGAGAAUCAUUGGUGGAAAUCAGCCAAACGCAUUAGAGCUGUCAGAUGUAGAAACAGCCACAUAGAUUUUUGUUCCAUUUCCACUCAGUGUCACAAUAACCUUGUCUUUAACCAUCACGACAUUCCACUCUAGGUGUAGAAAAGUCAUGUGUGUCAAUGUUUUUAUUUUUGCUGGGGACAAAUGUUUUCAUGCACUGAAGUUAAAAAGGUUAAAAAAAUCCUCCCUACCGCUCUUUUUCUCGUUAGCUGAACAAUAAGGCAGUUAUUCUACGCUUUCUAAGAAAAAAAAAAGAUCCCAUGCAGUAGUGAAUGUGGCACCAAGCCUGUCUGUAUAUCUGGUAUCUCAGACCAUUUUGUUUUUACUGACCAGUAUUCUGCUUAAAAUAAAAAGGAAAAAAAAAACAAAAAAACAAAAAAAACAUUUGCUUCUGUGACGGUUUUAUUGCUUAGCGUGCACGUGGUUGUGAGAAUUUAGACUUGGCUUAAGUACACAAAAAAAAAGACAAAAAGACCGCAACAUCCCCUCUCUCCCCUGGGUAUUGACGUAAUUCUAGAUUUGUGUAUGUCUUUUAAAAUAAAAUUCCAACUCUAGUUUCACCUUACAUGUUAUAAAACAGGACAAAAUGUAAAAGACGAUUUAAAGUGAAAUAAAGGUUUUAUCAGUUCCGAA